CCGAUGACCUUCGUCCGAUUUGUAUAAAAAGGCAGAGCUCUCGGUGGAAAAAUAUACAUUCGAAGGUGAAUAUUCAGCUGAUCCGAUCUACGAAUUUUACUCGAGUAAUCGACGAUGAAGGGACUCCGCAUUUUCUCCAUUUUGCUGCUCUGCUUCCUCGGACUUGUUGGCACUUAUGCCCAACCCGCGAACGAGCCUACUACUACGGAGUGGACUCCGGUGCAUGCGCAGCGCCAACCGCAUCCUCCCUCGAGAUGUCAUCCACCAAAUUGCCAAUCCCAACGUUAACGUAGAUGAGCUCCGAGCCCCCGAACGCCCCGCCUACAACGAGGAACCAAUCGAUGCCAAGACACACCAACGACACCGAAUCACAAACUCUAUCGCCGCCGAGCCUACCGUCGAAUUCAUCGAACCGUCAAAGUACGCAAGAGACAAAGAGUUGUCACCAGCAAUCUGCUUUUCUCGUCUCAUCCGUACGGCAGGGAUCUGAAAUUGUUUCUCACCAUAAUUCCGCAAUGAAGUUGCGUAUCGAAUAAUUCAACUUCAUUAAUGCAAUAACAAAACGAAUAUGCGUGUCUGUAUGAGUGACUCUUGAUUGUCCAAAAUA